AUGGAGGGCCACAAAUCACCCACCCCUCCUCUCACAACACACACGACAUCCACGCUCUUCACCUUCCUCGCUCUCUACCUUACCACCCUCUUCUCUCUCGAUACCUGGGCCGCCGCACGGGGCUCACCUUACCGCGCACCAGGCAACACGUCCUCCUUCUACCGGCCGGGCGCCACGCCACCGGCGCCGGAUAGUUACCAAGGCGGUAUGCAUGGGCGGGGGAACGCUGGGCCUGGAACGGGAAGAGGAAGAGGAGGAGGAAGGGCAGGGGGUAGAGAUGUCGGGAGGGUUGCACAAGCGAGAGAUUCCAGGCCGCCGAUUAAAAUGGGUGGGAGUGCUGCAUGUGGUGCUUGUAUGAUCUAG